AUGGUGACCGUUGAUGGUGGGGAAGGCAAGAGGAGCUUUGAAGUACUAUAAAUACGCAUGCCCACUUACAGCUCUUCAGAGGUACCAGCUGCUUUAAGUGAAGUCAGUGAAGUUAUUAAGGCGACCUUGUUGGGUUUCUUUAGGGGUAUAUCUGCUGUUUGCAGAAGAAAAUUUUGAGUUUGAUUUGUUUUCUGGUUGAAAGGAGAGAAAAAAUGGAGUUUUUGAGACUGAUCAUGUUGACAAUAAUCGUCGUCGGUGUUGAAGUAGCUGCUAAUUCUGAAGGUGACGCUUUGUACGCUUUGCGGAGAAAUUUGAACGAUCCACUGAAUGUCUUGCAAAGCUGGGAUCCAACCCUGGUAAAUCCAUGCACAUGGUUUCACGUUACUUGCGAUCGACAGAACCGCGUGACACGGCUGGACCUGGGAAAUGCUAGGCUGUCUGGAACUUUGGUUGGUGAUCUUGGCAAGCUUACCAGUCUUCAAUACCUAGAGCUUUACAAGAACGAUAUCAGGGGCGAAAUUCCCAAGGAGCUUGGCAACUUGAAAAGUCUUAUAAGCCUGGAUUUGUACCAGAACAAUCUCACAGGAAGGAUUCCUGCAUCUCUAGGAGACCUCAAGUCACUGAGAUUUCUGCGUCUUAAUGGAAACAAACUGACGGGUCGGAUUCCACGAAGACUUACUAACUUGAGCAGCCUUAAAAUAUUGGACGUUUCUGACAAUGAUCUAUGCGGCACUAUUCCUGUUUCUGGAGCUUUCUCUAAAUUCUCUCAGAAAAGUUUUGAGAACAACCAAAGGCUCAAGGGGCCAGAGUUAAUAGGAUCAGUUGUCUACAAUUUGGGUUGCAGCUACCCCUAACAACAACCUACUCGGAAUGAUUUAUAACAUAAUUCUAAACUAUUUUAAGUUUAGUCUCCAGCUUUACAAAAUCUGGAAUGGUUUAUAACAUAAUCUAUAUACUUUUGUAAGUUUAGCCUGCAGCUUUAAAAGAUCUCCUUGUCCGAAAAGGAGACAGCUGAAGUGAGAUGAGAGCAACCCAAGUUGUAUUGUAAAUAUUUUUGUCGCAAUGAAACGUAAUUUGCACUUCUCCAUAGA